AAUGGGAUAAGUUGUAUUUUUCCAAUUUUGAAGUUUCAGUUUGAUUCGAAGCAUUGUGGUGAAAGUCUGUUCAAAUAUUGAAUUUCGACACAAAUAGUGUUACGGCUUAAUCUUGUAUAGACUGUAUUGUUCUGAAGUGAUAGACAAGUUUAUAUACACCUGCUUUGGGUUAAUGGAAAAAAGGUUUUCAUCCACAAUUACUUGCAUUUUUAUGUACUAGAAUAGCAUUAACAUUUCACCUUUGUAAGAACCAUGGACUGAAGUUUGUUGCACUUAUUCACUAACACCCUGUAUAUCUCGAAGGUAUACUCCAGAAACGGGUACUCUUGAGCUAUGACUGAUUUUUUGAAACCUUUCCUAGCUUUACGUACUAACAUAAAGCUCAGGACCUCUCCAGCACACAAUCAUAUAGAUAUCGACAACCUAAUAUUCAAGCUGCACUACAGACACACUGCCAUUCUGCUCUUUUUAUGUUCACUUUUGGUCACUUCUAGACAGUACAUUGGCGAACAUAUAAAAUGUAUUGUUGGAGGUAAACUCAAUCCCAGAGUAGUCAGUUCGUAUUGUUUUUUCACAUCAACAUUUACUCAAGUACAAUACACUGAACAGGAACUUGUGGAUAAUGGUACUGUGCCACAUCUGGGUGUUGGUCCAUAUGCAUUAGAAUCUCGAUCUCCUCUGAUUCAUCAUUCAUACUACCAAUGGGUGCCGUUCAUGUUGUUCGCUCAAGCCAUAAUGUUCAUCUUGACACAUCUAUUAUGGAAAAAAUGGGAAGGAGGAAAACUGAGGGCCCUCUUGGUUGGAAUUGAAAACGCCUCAUACUCUUUCGCCGAACAAGAAAUCAAAAGUGGAUGCGGUCCUAUUCCUUCAAUCGAAAAAAAAAAAGAAGGCAUCGAACUGAUAAAGACCAAAAUAAUAAAGAGCGACUAUGUUAGUAGAUUUUGGCCGUUAGGAUUGGUAAUUUGCGAAACGCUGAACGUCUUACACGUUUACUUCCAGAUGGCAUUAACAAACAAAUUCUUGGGUGGAAUUUUUUGGUCUCUUGGUCCAAACCUAAUGGACAGUUCAUUAACCAGUCAGACUCUAUUGGACACCAAUUUUCCCAAGGUGACAAAAUGCUCCUUCCAGAUGUAUGGACCUUCAGGCUCCAUCCAGAGACAUGACGUGCUCUGCGUGAUGGCCCUGAACGUGAUGAACGAGAAGAUCUACUCAGUGUUGUGGUUCUGGUUCGUCUUUCUCUUGACGAUCUCUACGCUCAACUUGGCCUGGAGACUUGCGACAUAUCUUUUGCACGGGCGCAGCUCAAAGUUCAACAGAUACGUCCUCUCUUCGGCUACUCCAGGAAAGUUGAACGCUCUGACAGAGGUGACCAUCACUGAUCAUCUGGUUUUCAAGGAUUGGCUCUUUCUAAGAUACUUGGGGAGAAAUAUUCACGGUUUGCUGUUCAAGCAAAUCAUAGAUGAACUUACCGAUGGUCUGCACCAAAAUAUUUCCGUCGAUAAUCCAGACGAGAUGUACAGAUUACGUCAGUAGUUUUAUCUACUUAAUGUAUUUAUUUUUAGUGGUUGUAUAUCUAUACUCUGUUCAUAAAUUAUGAAGAUUCAAACAAAUUGAUCUCGGAAAAAUGGAGAGUAACGAGGAAAGCAUCAGAAAUAAGCACUUUUCUGGGAAUAUGUGUACACAAAACGAAUUAUGGUCCGAAGGUACAGCAAAGCCCAGAUGAAAGAGCGAAUAAACGAAAUUAACCCAAUUCGAGGUAUUCAAGAUGGAUUCAGGAUGAACACACUCCUUGGUCUACUUGUCUUGGUCUACUUUGGUCGAGCAAAUGAUCGAAACUAUCCAUGUUAAUACUUAAGUAUUCCUUGAAUUUGACGAUAUACUCCGCUUUAUUCCUGCUUAACUAUUACUUCAUGUCAGCAAAUAAAAUAAAAUGAUAGAAACGUUCUAAGUGGAGACAAAAGUGAACAACUCUCCCUUAAUUUCUUGUUUCUCUCUUGAUACAUUCUUGUCCCCAGCUCGCACCUUUGCCCUUUCUUAGCGUUCUUUUGCCCAUCAUCAUCGUGCAUUUGACCUACAUAUUGAGACAAGCCUGCUUCUCAAUAUGCUCCUGACAUUAUAUUGGGAGAAAGACAAUUAUUUUUUUAGUUUCAUAGUUUUAUACAUAACAUUUAGUUUCAAAAGACAAAUUUCUACCGAUCCUAUUGAAAGGUUUCGAAUAUUAGUCGAAUUUUACAAUAAAUGAACAGAGUGUACAUUCAUCGAAAGGACGUUUUUUAAUCUAUUGAACCAAAAAAAGAGACAAAACUACUCAACUUCCGAUUUUUAGUUUAUGAAACUAUUUUGAGAGGUAUAAAAAAUGUAUUAAUAUGAUAUUAUUUAUUGUUUUGUUAUAUUUUAUAUAAGGAAAUUUUUUAUUCAAUUACUAUAUCACAAAAAUUAAGAAAUAAAAUUUCUGAGGAAAAGUUAUCAUUGAUAA